AGAUAAGUAAGACAAAAGUGGCCUACUAGUCCACGUCAGUUCUAAAUUAGUCAUGGAAUUUUGGCUGCGGUCUGCUAAAAAUACUAUCGAAUUGUAACGUUGUGGUCACAAUUGCACGAAACUAUACCUGGUCAUGAAAUUUUGGCUACGACCUAUAAAACUAUACUGUCGAGUUGCGUUGUGGUCAAUAGUACGCGAAAUUAGAGAGUGCAAAGAACAAGGCAAGAAUUCCCUGCAAUAAGUAGAGCAAAGUCGAAAAUGUUGUGGGAAUGCGUUAGCAUCCUGGCGUUUGCCGGAAUUUCUGUGAUUUUAAUUUUGGAAGUUUUUAGAAGACCGAAAAAUUUUCCACCUGGUCCAUCGCGAAUUUGGUCGACGAUGGCGCAAUUUAAGAAAAAUCCGUUGGGGGCUUUGAUGCUCUGUAAAGAAAAGUAUGGACCUGUCGUUGGCCUCAAAAUAGGAGAAUUUCGAGUUGUGAUUUUAAACGACCCUGCCGACAUCACGAAAGCAUUUGGAAACAAGUCUUUGAACUCUCGACCACCUUUCUUACCUGCAAUGAUUUACGUGGGGGGAGAAAAUCAUGGUACCCUAACAUCCUCCGACGAAGUUUGGAAGGCAGUUAGGAAUUGCAUGGUGAAAAGUAUGGGCAGCCUGCACACCAGCCCAAUUAAUGGCGAAGCGUCCCUCACCUUAUCCCACGAUAUGGAACCCCUCAAAGAAUUGCUGGAACGUCUGAGUAACCCAGUUUCCAAGGAAAAACUUUCCCUGGCGGAAUUAAGGAGCAAAUUAUACAUUCCGAUCGCCAAUCACGUCUGGCACGUUCUCACGGGUGAGGAAAUACCGGAAGAAAAUAAGGCUGGGUUACAACAGCAGCUAGUAGCUUUACAGAAAGCCCUGUGGCAGCCGAUAUCAUCGCCAGUUUGGUUUUUACCCACGUCCGCGAAGCGAUUGCCCUCAACGAGGACGCUUUUGCAAGAAAUCAAAAAAGCGGUAGACCCCUUGCACGCGAUGGUGGAGGAAAUGGUGCAAGAAACUCAGAAAAAUGGAGACGAUGAUAGUAAAACAUUUUCCCAGGCAUUCUUAAGAGGGUGUCGUUCGUACCCUUGUCUUAGAGGAUAUGAAGCCGUCCACUUGAAAGGAGCAUUCUUCACACUGUGGCACACGGCCGCCGAGACGGUAGGAAAUCUCAUGGCGUGGACGAUCCUUUGGCUUUCCCUGUAUCCAGAAGUGCAGAGAAAACUUGCACAAGAGCUGGGACAGACUGAUAUUCUAGAUUUGAUGAGCCUGCCCUACGCCCGUGCCGUGAUUCAAGAAGUCCUCCGACUUUCGAGUACUGCCCCCUUUGCAAAUUUCCACUGGAGCGUGGAAGACUACAAACUUGGUAACGGGAUGGUCAUUCCAAAGGGUACGGUUGUUAUCGGAAACCUCUUUGGGGUCCAUCACGACCCCUCUGUUUGGCCAGAUGUGGAAGUUUUUCGCCCAGAAAGAUUUCUGGAAAAUGAAGGAGGGGAAGAAAAUCGGGCGAAAGUUUUGCUUCCCUUUUCCGCUGGAUUGAGGACAUGUCCUGGCCAGAAUUUUGCCAGGAAUUUUAUCCUCUACGCCUUGUCGCAAGUACUGAAAGAUUUCCAAUUCAGUUGGGAUCCACAACAAGCAAGACCAACUCCGGAAGAAAUCAUGGAUAAAUCGCUAGUCAGUAUUUUUCGUUUUGUCCCAGAUUUUAAGAUAGUUGUCAGGAAGCGAGAAGAGUAAAGUGGUUGCGAGAGGUAUUUCAUUCCAGUUGUGAUUUAGAAAGGUGUUUAUGCAUGAAUUUUGCGUUGUUUUUUACAAUUUUUUUUCCAUUAUUAAGGAUAAACU